UCUUCCAAAUACAUUAACAUUUUGAACUUAUAAGACUUUACACAACUGCUGUUGAGAAAUGCUGAAGGGGUGGAACUGAAACAGUUUUAUUAAAAAAUUCAUCAAAUUGAUGAUUUUGCAAAAUUAUGUUUCUUAUAAGGGAAGUUAACAAGUUUCACAAUAUACAAUUCCUGUAAAAUAUAUAUAUAUAUAUCUUCAAAUGAAAGUCACUGUAUGGGGAGGUUGAACCGACCAAUCAUUGUCAUUCUCUUGGAACUACCAUAAGAAGAGGAAGAAAACUGUAAGGAUAUCAAACCAUGAAUCUGAACUUGUGGGUGGUUGUGCUCCUGGGGACACAAGUCCAGCAAUCAGUUUCACAGGUAGUGCAGUGUUUCUCAGAAUUUUCCCUGCCCAAUGGAAUAUGUAAUGAUCUAUUGGGUGAGGUUAAACAAGAUGAAUGUUGCAUGAACCCCAACUAUGGCUAUAUAGCAGCAGAUGGAGUAUGCAAGUCCUGUAGGCGGGCAGCAUGGACUGAGUGGUCUUCCUGGGGCAAAUGCUCAGUGCCUUGCACAGAGGGAGUUAGGCAAAGGCACCGUAUGUGUUACGGAAUAGGGUCUUGCUCAGACCCAGAGAAACUGGGAAGUCUUCAAACUGAACCAUGUGUGGAAAAGGAAUGUUGCCCAGUGGACGGAGGCUGGACAGAGUGGGACAAUUGGCAGCCAUGUUCAGUCACAUGUGAAUACGGAAUUAAAAAAAGGCAAAGAACAUGCUCUAACCCGCCUCCACAUUGUGGGGGCUCCUGUAGCGGUGAAGCGGAAGAAACUGCCCCUUGCGAAACUGGAGUAGUCUGCCCAACUCAUGGUGGGUGGUCUGAUUGGGGAAGCUGGGGUCCUUGUGGAGGAACCUGUACUCAUGAAGGACACAAUACCCCAAAAGAGCUUAGAAAAAGGACAUGCACCAAACCUCGUCCAUCCAUGGUUCCACGUGGCAGAGACUGUGAUGGCUCUGACACAGACAGCCGCCUUUGCACAGGACUACCUUUUUGCCCACGUGAUGGAAACUGGGGCCCUUGGUCAGAAUUAGCAGCCUGCUCUGUGACAUGUGGGGUGGGCCGGCAGAAACAAAGAAGGAUGUGUGAUUCUCCUGAACCGAAAUAUGGUGGCAAACAGUGCCAAGGUGAUGACCAAAAGGUUGGUCUUUGCACUGUUUCAGUCCACUGUCCAACACAUGGGGUAUGGACUGAAUGGGGUCCAUGGGGUGAAUGUAAACCGCCUUCAAAAAGAACAAUCCGUUGUAGGAGCAGGGAGGGAACCCGAAGGAGAGAGAGGGACUGUGCUGAAAGAGAUUUUGAGGGAAAUUUUUGCGUGGGAGAGAUUGUGCAACACGGCAACUGCUAUGAUAUUGAGGGCUGUGAAAUGAAUGCUGUCUUGUCUGAGUGGAGUAAAUGGAGUGAUUGCAAACCUAACUGUGGGUCAAAAUCCGAACAAACAAGAGAAAGAGUGUGUAUUGCUGACAUCUCUGCAUACAGUUCCCAAAACAUCCAGAUUUUCUCAGGAAUUCCAAUUAUUGAUUGCAAGGAUGUUCCAAAUGAAACACAGAUAAGAGCAUGUAAAAAUGUCCCUGAGUGUCCCUGAGGAUAAGGUUGCAAUAUUCAGCUAUUGAAGAUAAGAGGACCAGUGGCUGUACACAAUAAGCCCUUCAGCAGUUGGAGGAACCUCACCACGCCAAGCUUUUGUCUUAUGAAAUACAUUAUGACAUAAAUGUUUUAUUAGCCUUUGUAAUAUGGCAUGAAUUGAUUAACUUGGAAAUGCUGAAUAAUGCAAACUUUUAUUAUGUAUUAUUAUUAUGCUUUGCUACAGUACCAAAGUACAGUAUUAAAAU